AUGGAAUUAAGUAUUUCCACGGGCGUUGGUCAAAAAAUGUGCUCCACAAAUGAGGAUAUUGAAAUGGAACAUGUGCCAUCACCAAAUCGUGAAGUACAAGAAAAUUUACUUUCAGCCAAUCCACAGCCACAACGAUCCAAGAAACGUUCACCAUGGAGUUGUUUUUAUUGUUCCGCUGGUGUUAAGGUCAGUGAAGAUGCUUUGAAAGCUAUCAAAUCGAAAAAGGAUAAAAAAGAAAAUGCGAAUGAGAAUAUAACCAAAACGGAUUUUCACAAUUAUCAACAACGCAAAACCUAUGGUCAGGGUAUGAUGGAUUUGGCUCUGCUAACAGCAAAUGUUAAUCAAUUGCGAACACUUUUGGACAUGGAAACGAAACAUCCAUAUUAUGUGGCAAAUGUGGUUUUCAUAUCGAUAAGUAUUUUCUUUCAAGUAAUUGUUGGUGUCAGUCUCAUUCUCAACAGCAGAGUCAAUGUUAAUCAGGAGACUGAUGUCGCUGGUGCUUCAAGGGUUAAUAAUUUUACCUUUGCUUGUAUUUUCAUUAUUACAAUUGUUAAUGUAUUUCUUUCGGUCUUCUAUGAUAUGAAAUAGCA